CAUCCAGAGCACAGUUGGGACAAAGCAACAAGCACUACAUUUAGAUUAACAGCACUAGGCACAAGACAAUGUCAGAACGUAGGAUUCCGUUCACCUUCCUCCGCACUCCAAGCUGGGAUCCAUUCCGUGACUGGUACCAAGGUACCAACCGACUAUUUGAUCAGUCAUUUGGUAUGCCCCGUAUUCCUGAAGACUGGCACCAAUGGCCCACUACCAGCUGGCCAGGCUAUGUGCGCUUAUUUCCUAACCAGUCCAUGGAAGUGGUGCCUCCAACGACUCCAGCUGUAGCCACUGCUGCUCCUGACUUUAGUCGGGCCCUGAGCCGCCAACUAAGCAGUGGUAUCUCAGAGAUCCGGCAGACAUCAGAUCAAUGGAAAAUUAGCUUGGAUGUCAAUCAUUUCGCCCCUGAGGAGUUGCUAGUGAAAACCAAAGAUGGAAUUGUAGAAAUCACAGGAAAACACGAAGAGAAGCAAGAUGAGCAUGGAUUUAUUUCUAGAUGCUUUACCAGAAAGUACACUCUUCCCCCUGGUAUAGAAGCAAGUAUAGUGACUUCAUCACUUUCCCCAGAUGGCAUUUUAACUGUAGAAGCCCCUCUCCCUAAACCAGCCAUCCAAUCUGCUGAGAUCACUAUUCCAGUGACUUUCCAGAGCCAUGCAGCGAUUGGCAAAUCCGAGGCCAAGAAAGGAGAGGAAGCUGCCAAGAAAUAAGACUCCUCUGAGUUAUUUGAAAUUGAUGUCUGCUAUUAAAUACCACCAAUUUUUACAAUAGUUUGUUAUUUUGAAAAAAAAAAAUAAUUGAAAAAUAAAUACAUUUCAUAAAA